UUUAAAUUUGUUGCUCUAACCCGACCUUUAAAACAAAUACAUGAUGACUUGUAGAAAUAACUAUAAAAUUAGUGACACUUCUGAGUAUUUGGGUUUUAAUGAGUUUUAAACUUCUGAGUAUUUAUGUUUUAAUGAGUUUUAAACGAAUUUAAGUAUUUCUCAUAAGAAGACAAUAGCAUUGGCUUGUUGACAUUGGACAUGUAAACUAUUUUUAUAAGGCAAGAGGAGUGAGCAGGUGGAGCUGUUGUUACUGUCUUUGUGUUUGUCGGGAUUGUCUUUUGUAUCUCUUAUUGUGGCUAUGUUUGUUUAUCUUUUAUUUGAUGGAUAAUAUGUAAACAAAAAUCAUUGUUAGUUGUAUUUAUCAAAGUUUAUAACUUACUCUGCUUUUUUGUUUAGGUAAUUUCACUGAUCUUGGUUGUCUUCUUCGUUACGAAAGUAAGUUUGUAAAUUAUUAAAUAGUUAGCCGUGUAGUUUGUAUUUGUUUAGCUAACUCGAUGUAUGUGUCUUUGCGAAAGUAAGUUUGUAAAUUGUUAAUUGGCUGGUCGUGUAGUUUGUAUUUGUUUAGCUGACUCGAUGUAUGUGUCGUUGAGUUUUAGUUGAGGUGUUUGGUUUGGUAUAUUUGUUUUGAAGUUUAUUUCAAAGAUUAGACAAAAAAAGAGAGGUGAUCAUUAAUGAUUCGUCUUUUUUGGAAUUCUAGUUUUUGGUGUUUUGAUUGUUUGAGUUGUUGUGGUUUCUUUUAAGCUGUAAAAUAAAGGUUUGUGUAAAAUUAUUUUGAUAAGUAAUGAAGAUAAAUAGACGACCACAGAAUUUGGGUAGGAAAUAUUUUUGAUUAUUGAUGUUAGCACAAUAUAUAUAAUAAUAUAAAGGGAAUUAUGUGUUAAUUAUUUCUUACGGAUUAUUGAGGAGACGGAUAACGACUCGAGUUGUUUCUUUGCUAAGGUCAGAGCCUUGGACAUAACGGAUUUGCCCAACUACAUUUGCGAGUUUAAAUAUCAGUUAUGAUAACGAAACAUAUUAUAAACUCAGAUGCAAUAUGAUAAUAUACCUGGGAGUUCUAGGUUUGUGUUCGCAAUCAUUUGGAAAUUAUCAAACAAUCUAAUUAUGAUUGGAGAUUGAUCUUAGGAACACCCGCGAUGACUUCAUCAAUAAUAGUUGGUGAUAUGAAACGAAUGAGGAAUGGAUGAUCAAUUAUCUUGUACAUGCUUGAGCACCUAGCAACCUCAAAACUAUCGACUUUCACAAUGGAACCGGCUUUCAAAGAUGGCAUGUAAUUAUUAGCACGUCCGACGGGAAUAAACCCACGAAUUGCGGAAUCUGCAAAUAAUAUUAUUUAACAAAUAAUCAGAAAAUCAAUUAAAAACAAUUAUAUUAAAUAAGUGUGAUAAAUCGAAGAAUAGCUUACCUUUUCAUCAAGGAAGAGAACUGUGAUUCCCAUAAAUUCACUGUCUUUCUUGAAGUUCAGGGAAUCACAUAAGCGAGGAGGUUAGAGGCUAUGCUCUGACUACUACGAUCAACACGAAGAGACUCGAAGGUUGAGUGACGGAUGCCGGGAACGCCGGUUUGAGGAACUGGAGAGGCAGAAAGACAUUUUCUAGAAGAUCGUUAAAGCUAAGAGGAAUCAAUGAGUUUUGUGGAGAUGCAAAUUGGGUUCAUCAAAUAUUAGAAUUAUAUAUAUAUGGUUUACAGAAAGGCUACAAAUCAGGAACAUUUAAGAUCAAGGGAUUUAAGAUGGGGAGAUGAAGAGUUCACCAGUGAAAAAAUAGAUUACGAACAGACACACAGCCCAACUAUGUAACUCAGACUUGUCUAAGACAAUGAUGAAAAGAACUCUAACUCAUGUUAAACGUAUACAGUUUACAAUAUGGAAAAACUAUAAUUGUUUUUUUUCAUAUAACGUGAUGAAACUCAUUUAAAAAUGAAACUCAUAAUACACUUGUAGGCUCGGUCCACAGAAAAAACCGAAGAAGCAAAAGUUUUUGAUCUUCAUAAAUAUAUAUUAGUUUCGGCUAUCAAUAUACAAGUAUAAUUUAGUUUAGUGGUAUAAAUAUUGGUGUUUAUAUCUCAAUAACCUGGGUUCGAGCCAUAGGUUCGAUACUUUUUCACACUUUUUAAAAGUAGAAUCCCCCAAAAUGCUGACGUGUUGCUUCAAUAAAGAGAUAAUUGUACUAUUAUAUUAUAGAUUAUAUAUAUAUAUAUAUAAGAUUUGUGAAAUAAAAACCCAACCUUGAAAAAAAGUUAUCCUAAAUUAUUUUUAGAGAUAUAAAUAAUUGGGAGUGGUUUGACAAAAGCCUGCUAAGUUUUUGUAAAAAUAAAAAUGAAUUAUUUUGAUUAUUUUAUAUUUUUAGGUGUUAUUUUUUGAUAAAAAUUUAAAAAUAACUAUCGGAAAAAACUGUCGUAUUAUCAAAGAGGAUUGUAUCCAAAAAUUGAGGUUUAAUAAACAACAAAUACGGGAAACCAAAAAAAUGUUUACAAAACGGGCUUUGAAAUUCUUUUUUUAUCAAAGGCUCAAAAGCCCAAUAGAAAAAUAAAAGAAGACACCAUUGGAGCUCGCUCCCUCUACUCUACUCUUCGCAGCCGCCACCUACAUCACAAAAGUACACCGGAAUGGAGUCUCAUAACCAAUCAGAGAACCAAAGUUCGCCUGAGAAAAGUGGUUCGAGCAGUGUGUCUAAGAAAGUCGCGGAGAUGUGGGAGCGAAUGAAUGCAGGAGUACCAAAAAAGCGAGUCAACUUCCACUCAAAGAGCGCAACCGCUUUGCCCGCUAAAAACUCAGCUAAUAAUAGCAACUGUAGAAGUUAUCUUGGUGUGGAUGCGAAGAAGAAGAAUGAGCACACAAUUGUACUGAAGGAAGAUAGCGUUUCGGAUAAUAGCUGUAGCGAGGAGGCUAAGAGCAUCGCUGCAGCCGCUCUAGCUGCUGUCAGAAACGCUACUGCAACCGCUGCAGCUGCAUCUAGCCGUGGCAAGGUUGAGAUAACAGAGGUCAAAGACUUUGCUGGGCAAGAAAUCGAAGUGAAGCGGUUAGUGGAAGCGGGUUCAAAGGAAGCCUCCUCCUCUGCAUCGACCUCAGGGGUUGAUGCGGUUCUUGAGCAGAUAAAAAAGAAACAGAAGCUGAGCGUUUUGGACAAGACGAAGAAAGAUUGGGGAGAGUACAAGGAGGAGAACAAAGGUGUUGAAGACGAGCUGGAUAAGUACAAGAAGAGCUCUGAUCAGUAUCUUGAUAAAGUUUCUUUUUUGGAGAGAGCUGAUUACAGACAGUUUGAGAAAGAGAGAGACGUUCGCUUAGCUCUUCAGUCCAAGAGAAAACACGAUGAUGUCUGAAUGUGAUGACUCUACUUCUUAUGUGUCAGUGUUCUUGUUUUAUGAAAAGAUUGAAUGAUGUUAGGACA